CAGACAAUUUUGCUGUCUCGGGUUUUGAAUUUUACCACAGUUGCUGAGUUCACUGCUAUAUCUCUACGAUCACAUAUCGCUUGAUGUGAUGCUUUUGCUUUUGGCCCGUACAUGUUACCUCGCAGAGUCUGCUGGGAAGCUGCAUGCAUUGAAGGUGUUUUGUUAGGCCUAUCUGUGAUCAGAAAAGGAGUUGAUUGAGUUCGUCAGUUAUCAGUGGGAUUCAUCUGCCAUCAUUGAUUCUAAUAAAUAUAAUGAUUUCCAACUUAUGGCUAGGGACUUGCUCUAUUUGAAUGGGCUAGAGCGAGGGCAUUUUCUGUUUCUGUGAAACUAUUCAGUAGGAUUUUAUGAGAUAUGGCCAUCUCCUAUGUGAUUUUGGUCAUGAUAUCGAUGUCUACGGUCAAUAUGAUGGCUGCUUCAUUGAAAUUCUUAUACGGAGUUUCAUAGAGUAUCAUUUUCCGGUUUGGUUGAACUCAUUUAUCUGUCUGGUCAGUGGUAACUGGUAUGAGCUGACUCCUUUUUGUUUGCCAGGGUUGGGUUCAUGAAAGCAACAUGUUCUUUAGCUGAUUGUGGUUGGGAUUCUGGGUAACCAAAGAAAUAUUAGGUGGUUUUCUUCUAUCAGGGAGAUUACCAGGAUAUGGAGAAAAAUGGUUUUACCCUUUUAUAAACAAACGUGUAUUAGCUAAUUUCUCUGAAGUCAAGAUGCGGUCCACUGGAAGCUCUGGGUAGACCCACAAUUCUCAUUGAGAAUUAACAUGUUACUUUGUUGUCAAGAUACCAAAGCAUGUGGACCAGCUUGUCAAUUAGAUUGACUCAACUAAAGUGCUAAUGUACUCAACUGCCACUGUGUUCUACUUGUCUCUUGAUGAAUUUUUGUUUGGGUGCAGUACAGUGAUAUACCACGCUUUAUGAAAUGAUCUUUGUUAUUUUCUUCACGAGUUGUAGUUACAAUCUUAUAGGUUCAGCCAGUAUAGCUGUUCGGAAUCCACAAACCAUUACGAAUGAUGGUCAGCAUCUCUCCGAAUAUGUAAUUAAGGAAACCCACAGUGGAAAAAAUAUGGUUUCUGGCUUCAUUUUAUUGGAACUCUCUUCCUGGUUAUCCAAUGGAUAUCUUGGACUAUUAUGAAUUGCAAAUCUGGUUAUCGAUAGAAUUUUGCUUCCCCGCCUACGAUGGUCUUUCAGUCUUGUGGAAUAAUGAUCAAGCUGCCAAGUUCGUCAUUAUUCUCUCCUGAUUAUGGCCUUGAGGCACUUUCAUUCACAGUAUGAAGACGAAGUCUCACAUGCUUAUUUUUCAAGUCAAUUGCACCAUGUUACGAGUUAUCCAUAGAAAAAUACAGCAUUAAGGAUGAAGUACGAGACAAAACCGGAGUAGUUAAGGGCAACAAACUUGCAUGAUUUGCCAAUAUAAGCACAUUAAAAUUAACAGAUGAAGUGAAGCUGUAUGGGGAGAGCAGAGGUUGGUGUUUGGAUGUUUCUAUGUCGGUGUACAAUUCCUCCGAAUCUUCAUCAUUUCCAGAUUCCUCUGCCAAAGAUGGCAGUUAGCACGCAAAAUGGUGGGAAAUGGACUGGUAGAUGAGUUCUCUCCUCGGUCUCUCAAAAAGUGUCCAUGUUCGGCGUGGAUACCUCCUUUAAAGCUACAGCUCAGGAUGAACCCAUUCACCAUGAUAGCAACCCUGUUUGUGCUUCUGUAUGGACUACUUAAUAAAGACAAUCUUACAGAAUGAACCUUGGCAAAUGAUGGCAAAGAGCGAGUCGGUCUUUCUCCUUCCUAAAAAGCCUUCGCUAGCAAGACUUUGUUAGAGUCGAGCUUCUUUUGCUCAUGGGGUGGAAGUUUUAAGCCCUCUUUGUUAUGCUUAUGCAGUUUGGACUGUAGUUCCUGCUAAGCACGGGAACUUGCCCUUCAUCACUUCAAGAAUACUUAUGGUCGCACAUUAUUUGGUUUUGAUUAAAACCCUCUACUUUGGAUGUAAGAUGUGAAAAUUGUCAUGUAUAAUCUUGACUCCGUGGGCAGUAGCCGGGUAAUAGUGUAACUUAUGUCAGUGCAGGUUUCUCCAAUUUGUUGAGGUCAGUCUUGCAGGGUCACGCAAGUUAUUCAGACAUCACCUGGUAAUAAGUCAAAGAAGGCUCUUAUAGGGAGGUUCCAUUUUCCCUGAACAUUUUUCUGAGAAGAAUACUUGACAUAUUUCGAAGAGUUAGUUCUGGUGUAGCACUCAAACAAAGUUUAAAAAAAGAAGAAGGUCAACAAAGGAGAGUUUUUUGUCAUUGCCUGUCACACUUGAGCAUUUGAAUAGUCGAGACAGUCACAUGAAUAAGAAAUACUCAUAUGAUGCAUAUUUGUGCAUGCAUGCACAUAAAAGAUGCAGGCUAUUUUGAUCUGGGAUUUGGAUGUUGACAUAUAUAUUAGAGGCUAUGAAACAAACAAACUUAUGUAUAGUGCAAAAAGGUGCCGCUCAGACUUAGAAUCUUCAACCUUUUUGUUUCUGUUUUGGCUUGUUUUAGGUUACAACUGCUACAUUAACUAAUUCCUUGGAUAUAUAUCCAGAUUACAGGAGGUACACAAAGAACUAUGAUCCCUCCAUGGUUUAAUAGGUCACCUACCUACUUACAUACCUUAUCAUGAUAAGAUGAGUGACUAAACAUAGGAAAGGCUAGGGACAGAGACAUCAAAGAAAAUUUACGGAAGUACAGAAUGUAUUGAUAGCACUUAGAGGUCUAACUAUGAGGGUGGAAACACAAAUAUAAGGUAUGACUACUAGGUGGAGGAGGAGGAGGUCCUGAAAUGAAGAAUGAAGUUAAGAGAAAGAGUUCCACACAUAGACUUUGUCUCAGUACCUAGUAUUCAUCUGUCUUUUGAAGAAUUUCAAAUUUUCUUUCCCCUCACCUACUCCUUGCACAUGACGUAUCAUGAAAUGGAAAUACACAUGAGCUUUCAGGAGAAGCGAAUAGCAAUGUGUUCGUGCUUAAACAGAGUUACCUCUCAAAGCUUGUACAAUGAGGAAGACGCUAUAAGAAGGUGAAUGCAGCGGCUACUUGUACUGCUGUGGUUUUGACAUGGUACUACGGAGCAGGUAUAACAAUUGUUUCAACUUUAAUAGUAAAGAACCAAAGAGAUAGAGGUAGCUAAAUUAUAUCCUUUAGCAGGUUGGUCAGCUCUUCAAAUAGUCACUCCCCCAGCGCCUUAUUUUGCUGAGUUCAUCAUGAAGGAAUCAUGAAAGAUGAUGGUCACAAAAAAGCAUCAAAAUCUUUUAUCUUUAACUCGAAUAUUUUAAAUGUGAUUAGAUAGGUUCGUUCUCUAUUAAAUGACCCCGCACUGUAAGCCUCAUCAUCCUCCAUCUCUGGUUUUAACCCCUGAUGGAGAAGCUAACCAUGGGGGUCAUGCUCUCCAUUAUCUCAUUAAUAUCUUGUUUCAGCUCUCUGCAUGUUCUUGCACAGUGGCCUGGAGGAAGAUCGACCAGGUUCUAUGACUUCAAGGUGCAAACCACAAGGAUUACCAAGCUAUGCAGCACCAAGGACAUAGUAACAGUCAAUGGAAUGUAUCCAGGACCAGUUGUUUACGCCCAAGAAGAUGAUAGAGUGAUCGUCAAAGUUACAAACGAGAGUCCGUACAAUGUCACAAUUCACUGGCAUGGCAUCCGGCAGAUGCUAUCCUGCUGGUCUGAUGGACCUUCAUACAUCACUCAGUGUCCUAUUCAAGCUGGACAGAGUUUUACAUAUGAGUUCACAUUGGUAAAGCAGAAAGGUACCCUUCUCUGGCAUGCUCAUGACUCUUGGCUUCGGGGCACUGUCUAUGGUGCUAUAGUCAUGUAUCCUAAGACAGGGGUCCCUUAUCCCUUCACAUAUCCUUAUGAAGAGCACAUCAUUAUUCUAGGGGAAUAUUGGCUGAAGGAUGUGGUACAACUUGAGAAAGCUGUUCUAGCUAGCGGAGGAGGUCCUCCGCCAGCCGAUGCAUUUACGAUCAACGGCCAUCCUGGCCCUAACUACAAUUGCUCCAACAAUGAUGCAUACAAGAUUGACGUGGUGCCAGGAAAGACCUACCUGCUGAGGCUGAUAAAUGCAGGUCUGAACUCGGAAAACUUCUUCUCCAUUGCAAAUCACAGAAUGACCAUUGUUGAAGCUGAUGGAGAGUACACGAAACCAUUCAUGACCGAUCGCGUGAUGCUUGGACCAGGCCAGACAAUGAAUGUCCUUGUCACAGCCGAUCAAUCCAUUGGAAAAUAUUCUAUGGCCAUGGGUCCUUACAUGUCGGCCCAGGGCGUACCCUUUCAAAAUAUAUCGGCCAUAGCAUACUUCCAAUACCUUGGUGCUUUGCCCACUUCCCUGUCUUUGCCUGCUAGAUUACCCAGUUUUAAUGAUAAUCUUGCAGUUAAGACUGUCAUGGAUGGGCUUAGAAGCUUGAAAUCUGGUCAUGUUCCAAAGGAGAUAGAUCAGAAUCUCUUUUACACUAUAGGACUAAAUGUUCAACAAUGCCAUUCCCCAACGCCACAGCAAAAUUGCCAGGGCUUGAACAAUGGGACAAUGGCCGCGUCUAUGAACAAUAUAAGCUUUGUCAUACCCAAAAUUUCCCUUCUCGAAGCUUAUUACAAUAGAAUUAACGGCCAGUUCACUGAGGAUUUUCCUGGCGUGCCUUUGAAGUUCUAUGACUUUGUCAAUGGCGCACCUAAUAACAGUCCUAACAACACCCAAUCGGUGAUCGGAACUAGAACCUUUGUCCUUGACUAUGGAACUAGGGUGCAACUCGUAUUACAGGACACAGGGACGGUCUCUACGGAAAACCACCCAAUUCACCUUCAUGGAUAUAGCUUCUAUGUAGUAGGAUAUGGCUCUGGCAACUAUAAUCCCCAAACCGCACAAUUCAACUUGGUGGAUCCGCCUUACUUGAACACAAUUGGAGUUCCCGUGGGCGGAUGGGCUGCAAUUCGAUUUGUCGUAGACAAUCCAGGAGUUUGGUUCAUGCAUUGUCACUUCGAUAUACACUUGUCUUGGGGAUUAGCUUCAGUGCUUAUAGUGAAGAAUGGCAAAGGGGAACUCGAGACCCUUCCUCAUCCGCCGGCAGACCUGCCCUGGUGCUAGAGCUUUUUGCUUUUGUGCUUAACUGUGCCGUUUCCACUCAAUAAUUCUUUGGCAUCAAGUGUGUGAUACGCUGGAUUUGUUCUCCUCUUUGAUUGAAUGAAAUGGAAGUGUAAAGAAGCGAUGAUCAGGAAUAAAAAGAGGAUGCUCGUUCUCUUUAU